AUGGCUUUUUUCCUUCGGCGCCCGUUCGCUGUCUCUUCGGCGCUACACCAAGUGCCUAAGCUUUCCAAUACCGCUCGCUUCAUCCACAACUCUCCAAUCAAGCCCACCCAGGCUACUCAAUCCCUCGGUGCUUCUGCCUCGGUCCUCGCCAAGUCCCGCCAGGCUUUUCAGAAUGCCUUCCGUCGCACUUACAUGCAGCAGACCUACAACACCAGCCAGGGUGGCAGUAUGGGUCAGAAGCUGAUGUACGGCGCUGCUAUUGUGGGUGGAACCGUUCUGGCUACCAACUUUGUGUUCAACCGCGAGACUCGUGAGGAUGGCGGUAUGCCUGACUACGAGCGAAGCUUCCUAAACGAAACUUUCAUGCACACUGGUCUUGGUCUUGGUAUUAUUGCUAUUGCUGCCCGCGCUCUCCACUCCAACGGUUGGUCCUACCGCCUGAUGUCCAUGAACCCAUGGCUUGUUCUCGGUGUCGGUCUGGUUGGCAGCGUUGGCUCUAUGUACGGCACUUUCUACACUUCCCCGGAUAACUACGUCAUGAAGUACGGCUUCUGGACUGCAUUCAACCUGACCCAGGCCGCUCUCCUCUCCCCAUUGAUGUUCUACAACCCUGCUCUGCUUGCCCGUGCCGGUAUGUACACCGUUGGUCUGAUGGGAUCAAUUGCUUUUGUUGGCGCUACUGCCAAGCAGGAGAAGUACCUUUACCUCGGUGGCCCGCUGCUUGCUGGUGUGACUCUCGUUGCUCUUUCCGGAUUGGCCCCAAUGGUCCUUCCCGCUACUGCUGCUCGUACUUUGAUGUGGUCUGAGCGUAUUUGGCUGUAUGGUGGUCUGGCUGUCUUCGGUGGCUUCACUCUGUACGAUGUCCAGAAGGUCCUGCACCACGCUCGUCUGUCCCAGCGUGGUAUCAUCCCGCGUGACGUUGUCAACGAGAGUGUUAGCCUCGAGCUGGACUUCAUCAACAUCUUCGUCCGCAUGGUUCAGAUCCUGAGCAUGCGUGGCAACAACCGCAAAUAA